AUGCUUCAACUAAGCCCCGACUCAAGCUUCCACUUCGAAAUCCUCCGCGCCAUCUCCCUCGCGCCCUACCAAGGCGCCGACGUGAGCGAGGUCCUCACCGCUGCCGCCAAGAUUACGCCGGGCGACUUCGAAAGCUUCUACGCUGCUUUCAACGGCCUUGCUGCUCGCGUGCACGCACAGGCCGAAGGGAUCGAUGUGAACAAGUAUCCCGUCUCUGCGAGGAACGCCUACUUCAGGGAGGCAACGUACCUCCGCAGCGCAGAAUUCUACCUCCAUGGCAACUGGGAGGACUCGCGCAUAAACUCUGUCUGGGAGAAACACAGGGCCGCCUUCGACAAAGCCCUUGCCCUUCUCCCAGUGCCCGGCCAGAGGGUCACGCUCAAGGCCCAGGGGUUUGACGUGCCGGCCAUCUUCUACGGCUGUGGACUUCCCGGUCGCCGCCCAGUCAUUCUCAUGUGCAGCGGCUAUGACGGUUCUCAGGAGGAGCUUUAUCACGUUGGCGCCGAGGCUGCGCUCACCAGGGGCAUCAAUGUGAUUACUUUCGAAGGACCUGGCCAGCCCACCGUCCGCCGCGAGCAAAACGCCGGCUUCAUCCACGACUGGGAGCGAGUCGUGUCCCCCGUGGUCGACUAUGCGCUUGCAAGAGACGACAUCGAUCCCAACGCCAUUGGCCUUUGGGGAUACUCGCUGGGUGGAUAUCUCGCUGCUCGUGCUGCGGCCUUUGAGCCUCGCCUAGCUGCUGUCAUGGCCGUCGACGGGGCCAGCGACUUCGGAGCCACAAUUCACAGCAAGUUUCCUCCAGAGAUGGCGGCUCUGUUCAAAUCAGGCAAUAAAGAAGCCGUUGACCAAGCCAUGGCACAGACCUUGGCAUCUCCAGGGGCGCCUACUCCUCUUCGCUGGGGCGUGGAGCAUGGCAUGUGGGCGUUUAACACAAAGUCGCCGUUUGAAUGGGCAACCAGGUGCCUCGACUUCAAACUCGGUGAUGCCAUCCACAAUAUUAAAAUGCCAUUUUUCGUGGCUGAUGCAGAGAAUGACGAUUUAAUGCCUGGGCAGGCAAAGGGCGUCGCGGAAGCCGUUGGAGAGGUGGCGACGUACCAUUUAUUCGCCACGGAAGAUGGAGCUGGAGAGCACUGUUCUAUUGGAGCGGCUGUGCUUCAAAAUCAAGUCAUCUUCGACUGGUUCCAAGAGGUGGUGUCGAGAAAUAAGGCGUAA